GUAGCUCACAGGAGGAUAUAUGUUUUCUUUCUCUCUUUCAGCCGCAUUUGGAUGAAGCACAGGAGGCAGAGUGCCAGGCUUUGAAAACGCAGCUGCAGCAGGAACUGGAGCUGUUGACUGAACUUCAGAGCAAGAUCAAAAUGCAGGCUGAGGCACAACACGCUCAAGAGCUUCGGGAGCUUGAACAGAGGGUCUCCCUCCGCAAGGCACUCUUAAAACAACAGAUGGAAGAAGAGAUAUUGACAUUACAGAAUGAGUGCACUGAAAGGAUACUAAGCCUGCUGGAGCGUCGAGCAAAAGAGAUGAAUGCUUUCAAAUCUGAAAAUGAGGGACUAGGCUUUAGAAACGUCCUUUCUAACCUUGCCCCUGAGGCAUUCAGCCACAGCUCCCCUGGAGCUCCUCACAGGGGGCAUCCCAUAGGUGGCCUACCACAAGCCUGGGGCCAUCCAGUACAUGGUGGGUCCCCAGCCAUGCAGGUCACCCUUCUGAGUCAAUGCAUGGGGUACCCUGAAGUAGCAGUAUGGGAGUUCGCAAUAGCCUUCGGGUUUUGAGCUGGACAGCUGCCA